AGCACCUCCUCCUUUGGGUAGGGGAGAGGAACGCAGCAACAUCCGCGGCAGCGCCCGGGCGCAAAGGGGAACCUGGAGGUGGGUGAGUCGCCCGGGCGCUGAAGACGGCGGGAUCACGACCAUGUUCAGCCGCGGGUCGCGGCGCCGUCGAUCGACCCGAGCCCUGCCUGAGGUGGAGGACCCUGACCGGGGCCAACCGUGUCAGGCGUGCGGGGAGCAGUGCCCAGGCUUCCUAGUGCAUGGAUGGAGAAAGAUCUGCCAACACUGCAAAUGUCCACGGGAGGAGCAUGCGGUCCACAUGGUGCCUGUCGACUUGGAAAGGAUGAUGUGCCGCCUCAUCUCUGACUUCCAGCGCCACUCCAUCUCAGAUGAUGACUCGGGCUGUGCCUCGGAGGAAUACGCUUGGGUGCCUCCAGGACUCAAGCCUGAGCAGGUGUAUCAGUUCUUCAGCUGCCUCCCAGAGGACAAAGUCCCCUACGUCAAUAGCCCUGGGGAACGGUACCGCAUCCGCCAGCUGCUCCAUCAGCUUCCCCCACAUGACAGUGAGGCUCAGUAUUGCAGCUCUCUGGAAGAGGAAGAAGGAAAAGAACUGAAGUUAUUCUCCCAGCAACGAAAGCGAGAGAACCUUGGCCGCGGGACUGUCCGACUCUUCCCUGUCACCAUCACUGGAGCUAUUUGUGAGCAGUGCGGGAAGCAGAUAUGCGGUGGGGACAUUGCGGUCUUUGCCAGCCGGGCAGGGCAUGGCGCCUGCUGGCACCCACAGUGCUUUGUUUGCACCACCUGCCGGGAGCUCCUUGUGGACCUCAUCUACUUCUACCAGGAUGGCAAGAUCUACUGUGGGCGGCAUCACGCUGAGCACCUCAAACCGCGCUGUGAGGCCUGUGAUGAGAUUAUCUUUGCGGAUGAGUGCACAGAGGCUGAAGGCCGCCACUGGCACAUGCGCCAUUUCUGCUGCUUUGAGUGUGAGGAGGCGCUGGGUGGGCAACGGUACAUCAUGCGCCAGAGCCGCCCCUACUGCUGCCGCUGCUAUGAGAGCCUCUAUGCAGAGUACUGUGAUGCCUGUGGAGAGCACAUUGGCAUUGACCAGGGCCAGAUGACCUACGAGGGCCAACAUUGGCAUGCCACUGACGCUUGUUUCAGCUGCUCCCGCUGUCACCAGCCCUUGCUGGGAAAGCCUUUCCUGCCGAAGCAGGGCCAGAUCUACUGUUCUCGGGCCUGCAGCCUGGGCGAAGACCCUAACGGCUCGGACUCCUGUGACUCGGCCUUCCAAAGCGCCCGUUCCCAAGACUCUCGACGAGCCAGCUGGCAGCAACGGCGGGUCCAGGCCCAGCACUCACCACUCUCCCAUGUCGCCCGUUCCCUUUCCUUCAGAGGGCAGCCGGCACCACCUAACUCCUCAGCCCCAAGGAUCCGAAGGAGCUGGAGUGGAUUGUCUGGAGCUGAGGAGGAGAUGCCCACAGAAACGGAGUUGCUCUCGGAUCCAGAGAGUGAUGGUUCAUGCUGCAGCCAGAGUUGUGAGGAGCCAGUAAAAUGUACUUCUCGGGGUACUUCUACUUGCCCACCACCAGCUGCUGACCAGGAGUCAGGAAAAGGGACUGAGAUCCGGACACGUUUCCAACGCACUUCCCCCUUGCGCCAUUCCAUGCCGGAGUUGGGUAUCCCCCCCUCCAAAAUCCCCAAUUGGAGCAGCAGUUCAGCUUCCAAACUCCAAGCAUCUGCCCAGCCACGACCCAGUGAGGGAAUGGACCUGGGAACAGGAAGUUUUGCCCGGGGAGGGGCACCCCGCGUGAGCUUCCGAGAACCUCUAGUCUCGGGAGAGCCAAGUACUCCUUGUCUCGAGCAGACCUCCGUGAACACCCAGCUGCUGCAGAGCAGAGGGGCUAGCCGAGGACACCCUUGCUCCACCUCAGACAACUCCCUCAACCUAGGGAGCCUGGGCUGGAGACCGAGAAAAAGCACAGGGGAGGGGAGGCGAGGAAACCUCUCCUACUCAGCUUCUGAGGGGGCUUUUCCUGCCUGGCACCGACGUUAUCCACCCCGGGGAUGGGACUUCAGCUCUUCUGAUUCCUCCGAUUCCUCCUCAGAGGAGGAAGGCUAUUUUCUGGGGGAGCUUAUACCCCUGCCCCCCCAUUUACGAGGUGGAGCUAGCCCCAAAGAGCCUUCACCAUCCACUGACUCUACAUGUAAGCAGCAGCGCCGAAGACUGCGGGUUGUCCGGGACAAGAAUUGCGUUGUGGCAUAAUAAACCUGACCUUCACCUCCUGGACUUUGGCCAUAAUGAUCCAUCUAUGAAUGAUCUAGGAAUUUUGGUCCUAGACCAUCCUUUGCUAGGGUAAGGGUGUGGGUAUGUGCUCUGAAAUUAGGCAUGGAGCUAAUGACCAUUGUUUUUUCCAUUACUGCUUUGACUCGUGACCCCAUGCCAGGGAUCCUCAUCAGGUGACCUCUCCAUCACAGCUGUUGACCUUUUCUAACCUUUUCUCAGGGACACUUGAGCACUGGCUUUUCUGUGGUGACCUUUGAUCUUUAGAUUUGACCAUUCUGUGAAGAAUCUUAACUCCCAUCUGUGGUGGUCUUUGAACUUUGGUUGUUUUUUCUUUUCCAUUGUGGCCUUUUGACCUCUCAACUGUGACCUUUUUGAACACUGAACCCUUUUUGUCUCAAACCUUUGGUGUGAUGAUCUUUUAAACCUCUGCACUGUGCCCUAUAAACUUCAAACUGCAAUUUCUAACCUGGGAACCCUUGAACUUUGGUUUUGACCUUUCCAUUGUGACCUUUGAACCUCUAUCACCUAUCCUAGGUGACUCUUUUUGAAAGUAUUCAGGUCGCCAUUAACCAGAGCUUGGAAAAGUUACUUUUUUGAACUACAACUCCCAUCAGCCCCAGCGAGCAUGGCCACUGGAUUGGGCUGAUGGGAGUUGUAGUUCAAAAAGGUAACUUUUCCAAGCUCUGUAACAAGGUUGCAUGGUUUCAAGCUUUGAAGUGUGUUUCUGUAUAGACGAGGUGUUUGUAUGUAUGUGUCAGGGUGGGGUUGAACUCCCUUUUCCAGCUGGUGCAGGUUCUCAAUCGAUUAUGGCCACAAGGUGUCCUUUAUAGGGCAGAGCCUGCAAUAGUCUUUUUUAAUCCACCUCAAACUACUUGUCCCCUUUUCCUUGCCCUUUCUUCCUGCACUGUGUGCAUCUCUCAAGUCCUCAAUUUUAAAAUUUUGUUUUUCUAAUUAAGGGUUUAAUUUAAUUGAAAUUUAAAUAAAAUAUAUGAAAA